UAAGCGGCGUGGCUUUCCGGAGAAGUUUCACAUUUACGAUCUUAUAGAUUCAAAAAUAGCAUCAAAUACCUCAACUAUUCGCCUUUUCUUAAGCCCACCAAACGGACUUUGAGUGUGGAGCGAUGGAGUGUUAUGUGAAGUGAAGAUUGAAGACGUGAUAGAAGAUGGACGACUACUGCUAUGCUAAGAUGGCGACGUCCGCUAAAAGAGAACAUGAAAGAGAAUCAACUUCCAGCAAAUCACCAACGGAGAUAAAGACGAAAGAUGAAGACAUCCAGCAGCUGAUCGGUAAUCCAGAAGAAGUUUCCCCUCAGUUAGGGGGGAGCUCCACUUUGAAGCAGGAGACUCCACAACCACCCUGCAUUAAAAAGGAAGAGGAGGAACUCUGCAUCACUCAGGAGGGAGAGUGUCUUCUAGGACGAGAGGAAGCUGAUUACACCAAGUUUCCACUGAAUAUUAUCUUUGUGAAGACUGAAGAUGAUGAAGAGAAACCACAAGUAGACAACCUCUUAGCUCCACUAUCAGAUAGUGAGGCUGAAGACAAGGUUGAAGAACCUUUGAGCAGCGAUACAGACUGUGAAGGUGAUAUGAGGACUCACACUGACAACAAACACUCUGAAUGCUCUACAAAGAAGAGAGGUGAAACAUGUUUGAGCUGCUCAGUUUGUGACAAAAGCUUUACUCGAAAUAGCAAUUUAACUCGACACAUGAGAACACACACAGGUGAAAAACCAUUUAGUUGUUCAGUUUGCGGCAAAGGCUUUUCUCAAAAUAGCGAUUUGACUCAACACUUGAGAACACACACAGGUGAAAAACCAUUUAAUUGUUCAGUUUGUGGCAAAAGCUGUUCUAUUAAGAGACAUUUGACUCAACACAUGAGAACACACACAGGUGAAAAACCAUUUAGUUGUUCAGUUUGCGGCAAAAGCUUUUCUCUAAACAGUUCAUUGACACAACACAUGAGAACACACACAGGUGAAAAACCAUUUAAUUGUUCAGUUUGUGGGAAAAGCUUUUCUCGGAACAACUAUUUGACUCCCCACAUGAGAACACACACAGGUGAAAAACCAUUUAAGUGUUCAGUUUGUGGCACAACAUUUUCUGUUAAGAUGAAAAUGACUGUACACAUGAGAACACACACUGGUGAGAAACCUUGUAAUUGUUCAGUUUGUGGCACAACAUUUUCUGUUAAGAGGAGUUUGAUUGAACACAUGAGAACACACACAGGUGAAAAACCAUUUAGUUGUUCAGUGUGCGGCAAAAGCUUUUCUGUUAAGAGCACUUUUAUUGAACACAUGAGAAUACACACAGGUGAAAAACCUAAUAAGUGUUCACUUUGUGGCAAAAGCUUUUCUGUUAGGAGCAAAUUGACUCGACACAUGAGAACACACACUGGAGAAAAAACAUUUAGUUGUUCAGUGUGCUGUAAAAGGUUCCCACGUAAUGCAGACGCAGUAAAACACAUAAGAACACACAAGGGAAAAUAAACAAUUAGCUGUUUAGUUUGUGGUAUGUUGCUCAUAUGUGACGACAUCCACCCUACCCAGGACCUCCUCACUGCUUCUUUCACAAAUAUCUGAGGUAUUCAUACAAACUUGGAUUAUUUGGAGCAUAAUCUUAUCUACUCAUGACCCCAUGUCUUCUCUGUAUCUGAAACCUUCCUGAACAGUAAGAUAGAUGAUGCUUCAAGUGCUUGGUUACUCCUUCUUCAGUCCAGGGACCUGGGGCCUCAUGUGUCAAGUUUGUGCACGCUCAAAAACCUGCACUACACCCUUUUUCACUACAAAGUUGAGAUGUAUCAAAACUGACGUUGACGCAUAAGUGAUGCUGGGUAACUGUUUGCAUAACAAACUGACAACUUUUACUCCUCAGACUGAUUGAUGUGCAAAUCAGAGACAUAUGAACAAUUAACCUCCAACACCCACAACCCAACCCCCACCUCCCUCGACAUUCGGGCAUAACAGGUUCAAUCCAGCCCGUGAGAUAAGUUUGCGAAGUGUAAAAUUCAGCUGCAUUUUUAAUGAAAGAAACUGCUGUUCUAAUUGUGUCCACUGGAUGUCGCAAUAGCAAUUCUCUUAGGCAAGCAAAUAGUUUAUACUGGGGCGAGCAAGUAUACCAAGCAAAAGGUACACAGUAAAGUGUGACUCCUCCCCCUCGACCCAACAUAAAACAGGAGUAAAAUAAGCAAUCAAUAACCCCACUUAAAAUGCAGCAUGAGACACUGCACACUUAUAUAGUUCUGUGAAAAUGAUUGUCUUCUGUGCAAAUGUAAAGAAAGUGAACAGUGUGUGAUUUACUGCAAUACUGUCAGUCUUUGAACUUUUUAUUUGUGCUUUGUUGAAAUUGUUCACACAUUGCACAGCUUUUAUUUUUCUAUCAAUACACAUUAUGUCUAGAAGACAGGAAGUAACUAAACACUCUUGAAUAGUUUCUACCUCAGUUUGUAUGGUUUGUUGAGUUAGCACAGGAUUAAUAUGUAGAAAUGACAAAUGAGGUAGUUGAUACAUAUAGAAUAGUUUUUAUUCAUGCUUUUUUGUAUUUUGUUCAAUCCUAGAUGGGUUGUGACUUAAAGUUUAAUUGCUUUGUAGAAACACUGAGAUUAAGUCUAAAUUCAUUUUGUUCUUUAAGGUGUUUUUGAAAAUGCACCAUUUUUUUCCUCUAAAUGUUUAACUAGCUUGAAGUGUUUUGUCAAGAUGAUUAUUUGUGAUAUGUACAUUUUCAGAAUGUGCUUGUUCUAUU